AUGUCAGCUGGGUCAAAUUGCUACACCGUUGAAGAAGCCACCUCACUGUCUGCUGACGUCAUCCGCAUCCACAAGGACGGAGGCUUCGUCAUCCGUCAUUGGAUCAGCAACUCGCCAGCCGUUCUGGCAUCUGUACCAGAAGCGCUAAGAGCCAACACAACAACCGUUGACCUUGAUGUUGAGCAUGCCCAUGCUGUUGAGCGAACGCUUGGCCUGCGCUGGGACACAGCGACAGACACGCUACGAGUCCAGCCAGCCGCAGCAAAGAUCAGCCGCCCUGGAAAGUCCAUGACCAAGCGGCAAGCUCUCAGCACAGUGAUGGCGGUGUUUGAUCCGCUCGGACUACUUGCCUGCUUCACCAUCCGAGCCCGAGUACUACUACAGGACAUCUGGCGCUCUGGUAUUGGCUGGGACGAUGAGCUGCCCACUUCUAUCAAGGGCAGGUGGGAUGAAUGGUGCCAAGACUUGCAAUCGCUUUGCAAAGUCAACAUCCCACGCUGCUACUCACUAGCUGUUGCCGACGCUACCAGUAUUGAGCUGCACACGUUCUGCGACGCGAGUGAGAAAGCUUUCGGUGCUGCCUCAUACUGGCGUUUUCAGUUGAGCAAUGGGUCCGUCGCAACAUCGUUAGUGAUGGCGAAGACCAGAGUAGCGCCACUCAAGCCACUGUCCAUCCCUAGACUCGAGCUGCAAGCUGCCGUUCUGGGCGCACGCCUAUCGUCAGCUGUUCUGCAGCAUCACAGCUUCGACUGCUGCAAGUCCGUUCUGUGGUCCGAUUCUCAGACCGCCCUGAGCUGGAUACGAGCUGAUGCCAGGUGCUACAAGCCGUUUGUGGCACACCGCGUCGGCGAGAUCAAGGAGCUCACCAACGAGUCCAACUGGCGCUGGGUACCCACUGCUGACAACGUAGCUGAUGACCUCUCCCGCGGCGUACCUGUUAUGGAAAUCGUCGAAUCGACACGUUGGCUGCAAGGGCCCAACUUUCUGCGCAACCAACCAGCUAGUUGGCCAUCCGCCGCUCCUGAAGUGGAGCCAGAGGACACGGACCCCGAGCUGAAGCGAGAGUUCUGCGGGGCCACUGUCGCCACGACGUCCCUGCAGGAAGCGCUCCCCGAUAUCGCCAGGUUUUCGUCAUGGAUGCGUCUGGUUCGCACCACAGCCUGGGUGACCCGCUUCGUUGAGCGCCUGAAGGCUAGAGUUGCCAAGAAAGCCGUGAAUCCCAGUAGCGAACUGUUGCCAUCAGAGUUCCGACACGCCCAGCAGCUCUGGUGGGAGAACGUGCAGCAACAGUCGUUCCCUGACGAACUCGCCGCGCUGCAGCAGGGCAAGCCAGUCACCCGCAGCAGCCGCCUGGCAUCGCUGACGCUGACCCUAUUGGACAGCACCAUAGUGGUUCACGGGAGAACAGACAACACGCCUCACUUGCCUGAGUCUACAAAGCGUCCAGUGUUACUCGACCCUGACCACCGCUACACCCGAUUACUCAUCCUGCAGCACCACGUCUGGGCAGGUCAUCAAGGGCAGGAACAAGUUCGGAACGAUUUACGCCAGCAGUACUGGAUUCCCAGAUCUCGAGCCGCUGUUCGCCGUGCCUGGAACUCCUGUUUGAGGUGCCGUCACCUCGCAGCCACACCGCAGCCACCGGUAAUGGCGCCGCUACCGGAGUGCAGAACCGCAGCGUAUGAGCGCCCGUUCUCCCACACGGGAGUUGACUACUUUGGUCCAAUUGAGGUGACUGUCGGGCGUCGACGCGAGAAACGAUAUGGCGUUCUAUUCACGUGUUUGACCGUUCGAGCCGUGCACCUGGAAAUAGCCUCCAGCCUGACAACCGACUCGUGUAUCAUGGCUAUCCGCCGCAUGAUCGCUCGGCGCGGAUACCCUGCUGUACUGUAUUCGGACAAUGGCACGAAUUUCAAAGGAGCUGAACGGGAGCUCGCAGAGGCGAUUGCAGCGCUAGAUGUCGGUGACCUCAUGCGUGAGCUGACGCCCAGAAACAUCAAGUGGGUCUUCAACCCUCCUGCCGCGCCCCACAUGGGUGGCGCUUGGGAGCGCUUAGUGCGCUCAGUAAAGAUCGCCCUGAAAGCGACUCUCAAGGAACGGACGCCACGUGACGAGGUGCUGACCACCGUCAUGGCCGAGGCAGAGUGCAUCGUAAAUGGCCGGCCACUGACGCACGUUUCUAUCGACCAUGCUGAUGCUGAGAGUCUGACGCCGAAUCACUUUCUGCUCGGCGGCAACCACCGAGCUGUUGCGCCAGGGAAGUUUGAUGAGAAGUGCCUGAGGAAGCAGUGGCGGAUUUCCCAGGCCAUGAUCGAUAUGUUCUGGCAGCGCUGGGUCCGAGAGUAUCUCCCCACGCUAACGCGCCGGACCAAGUGGUUAAAGGCGGCAGAACCGAUCAAGGUUAACGACGUUGUCGUCAUUGCUGAUCCACAGUUGGCCCGAAGCUGCUGGCCGAAGGGCAUUGUGGAGAAUGUGUACCCCGGAAAGGAUGGCAAGAUCCGCAUUGUGGACGUCCGCACAGCGAUGGGAACGUUCCGUCGCCCGGUGUCGCGCAUCUGCGUGCUUGAUGUCCGUGCAUGA